UUCAGUAAUCAGCAAUUUCAGAGAGAGUGAGAGAGAGAGAGAUGGGGAGAGGACGACUUGGAGAGAUAAUGGAGGAGGAGCUGGGGGUCGGGAUAAUGGAAUCCGGCGGCGCAGCGGAGCUCCCGGAGACUGCGCAGCUCGAGAUGGUUAGCGAGGAGGAAGAUGAUUUCGAGUUCGCGUUUUCAAUCGACUCGGAUCCGGGUUCUUUACCCGAUACGACAGCGGACGAGAUUUUCUACAACGGCAAGAUUCUCCCCGUCUAUCCGGUCUUCAAUCGCGACCUCGUUGGCGGAACCGGAAACCCUAAGGAGGAGGACGAUUUGGCGGAGGGGGUGGCGCGAUUGAUGAUGGAAUACGAGAAGCGUGAUAUGCGAUCGGGAUCUCAUGAGUCGUCUUCAUCGUCAGAGGCAAAGGAUCUGGAGCGGUUAUCGAGGUCCGCUCCGUCGAACUUCGUCCCGCCGUCUCCCGAUAGGUGGCGUAAAAGCGGCUCUACGGGUUCAUCGGCAUCAUCAUCGGUGUCGCGGAAGUGGAAACUCCGAGAUCUGGUUGUCGGUCGGAGUCGGAGCGAUGGGAAGGAGAGGUUUGUCUUUUCGGGUAGGGGCGGCUCGGGCGGCGGGCAGCCCGCUGCUGCGGGCGGUUAUCGCCGGAGCUUUCUGCCGUACCGGCAAGAACUGCUCGGCGGGAUAUUCGGGAAUGCAAAACAUCACCCCUUUUAAAAUCGAUUUUAAUUUCAGUUUGUGAAUUCAUUUUUUUUUUAAUUAUCAUCAUCAUCUCCGGUACAUCUGCUUCUGUUCGGCAGAAGCUUGCAGUGGGCUUCCAUGUCCGUUGUAUAUAUAUACUGUUCGUGUUUAUUUAUUAAAUUAUGAGUUAUUUACUGACGAAUUGAGAUGACAAGUAU